ACUCUCAGUAUCUAAAGUGAUCCUGGUGGUGAUUCACUGCACCCUCAACCCAGACUACACUGUGCCAAACAGCAGCAGAGCAGAGAAGCCCUGUCCUGUCAAGCUCAUAGACAGCCUCUAUGAUGAGAACAAGAGACUUUUUGACUGCCCGAGCAAUGACCAUGCACUCAGUGAGCUUUUUAAACAGAUGGAUCUUCUGACAGAUGAUUCUGAGCCAACUUCAAAAACAUUUUCAGGGGAAGCAACAAUGGAAAAGUUUUACAAGGUUAUAUCUGGGAACACUCUGGAUUCUCAUCAGAAAUUUGUUCAGCAACUCAUCAAAGGAGGUGCAACUGAGGUAGAUUCACCUGACAAGAGUGAUGUCAUCAUUUUCUUCUGUCCCAUCAUCAGUCGCCUCGGGACUGACAUCACUGCAGCAUUAUCCAACAUCUCAGAACUCUGUGGAUGUAAACCAGUGAUCUUGGUGGUGAUGCACCACACCUUCAACCCAGAGCUCACUGUGGCAGACAGCAGCAGACUGGUGAACAGCAGCUCUGUCCAAUUGGUUGUGGACUGUCUCUUCUAUGAGACCAAGGGACUUUUGGACUGCCCACGCAAUGAAAAUGCAGUCACAGAGGUUCUUAAACAGAUGGAUCUACCAAAAUCAUCGAGUCAGAUCUUCUCAACACUCUGGCAAAAGUAUGUUAGUGGCUGCACACAGUGCAAACAAAAGGAUGGACAACUUCGGAAAAAGAACCAACAACUUAAGGAAAUGAAGGCAGAGAUUGAGAAGUUAAAACAAGAACUGGAGGAAUUAAGAAAGCUGAAAGACAAACCUGAACACCCUGAGAAACUCCAGAGAGAAGAAAAGACAAACAUGGAAGAACAGGGAGAGGGAAUAGAAGCUCUGGAGGAGAGCACCAAGCAGCCUGAACAUCAAGAAACAGUAAAAAUGGAAAAGUUUUAUACACAUGUCACCUCCAACACUCUGGAUUCUCAUCAGAAAUUUGUUCAGCGACUCAUCAAAGGAGGCGCAACUGAGGUAGACUCACCCGACAAGAGUGAUGUCAUCAUUGUCUUCUGUCCCAUCGUCAGUCGCCUCGGGACUGACAUCACUGCAGCAUUAUCCAACAUCUCAGUAUUUAAACAAGUGAUCCUGGUGGUGAUGCACCACACCUCCAACCCAGAGCUCACUGUGGCAGACAGCAGCAGACUGGUGAACAGCAGCUCUGUCAAACUGGUUGUGGACUGUCUCUUCCAUGAGAGCAAGGGACUUUUAGACUGCCCACGCAAUGAAAAUGCAGUCAGAGAGGUUCUUGAACAGAUGGAUCUUCCAAAAGGGGAAGAAGAGCAGGACUGCAUAGCUCCUCAGCAACUCUGAUCUGAUGACGGAGGUAUAGAUAUAGCUUCCUAAUUUUUUCUGAGGAUGCCCUGGAAGCCCCUCAUGGACCACUGCUAAAACACCUAGCCAGAACAUGAUGUCCUCUGCUUGUUUCUUGACUCGUGUAUGCCCUGGUGAUUGACUGGCAUUUAUUUUCUAUCGCAGCAAGUAGCUCUGACUCCCUGGAAUUGCUGUUCGCUUUCCUCCGAGUAUCAAUCUGCACACUACUGUCAGUUCACUCCUGUAAUCUCUGUAGUCUGGCAUAUUUCGAUGCUCCUUGCCCUUUCAUAAUAAAGCUUAUCAG